GAGUUGCAACAGAUUGUUUUGAAGCUGUAGGCUGGAGUGCGCUAGAGCGUCUUGACUUACCUACUGCAUGCAGCGCGUUUGCUGCUGCUCAGCGCAGCGAUUUGGUUUUCUCGCUUUGUUCAUUAGAAGACGUGGAGGAGACAGCGGCUCUAAAAGGGCAUUUAAAAGCACGCAACCACCAAUGGGCAGAAGCAGCUCAGCUGCUGCUGAACAGCGGAGACCCUGAAGCUUCAUUAGAGAUGGCUUGUGAGGCAGGAGAGUGGCAAUUAGCUGUUGAACUAGCAGAGAGGCUUAAGGAGAAGCGGGUGCCGCACUUGCUGCAGCAGCAUGCAAUGCGCUGUGAGCGGGAAGGGGCUUUUUCUGCUGCCUUAGCUGCAUUUUCAGCAGCAGCAGAAGGACUAGCCCUUCAGAUGGAGGCAGAAGAAGAUUCUUGUUGUGAUGUUGCGUGCAAUCCUAGCAAUGGUGGUGCAGCUGCCAAUGAGCAUUGCGAAGAAAUAAAGCAAGACAAUUUUGAACACAAAAAGCAGCAGCAGAUGAUUGAAUGCCUUCAUGAUUGGCGAGUUCGAUCUCGCGCUACCCCUCUUGGAGUCCUGUGGCACUGUGGCAACGCCACCUUUCUUUUAGAGGAAUACGCAAAGGCAAGAGAACAAGACGAACCUUUUGAAGCUCUUCGUGCUUAUGCAAGAGCAGGAGAAUUUAAAAGUAUGGUUAAAAUACUCGCGCACCGAUUUGGCCGUUGGGAAGAGGCAAAAGCCCUCGUUCGAAAAGUUAAGGACUCAGAGGCAGCGGAGCUCUUAGCAGAGUUUUGCAAGGCUCGCAGCGACUUUGAAGGAGCUGUCGAGAUGCUCUGUCUCAGCGGAAAUGCAGAAGAGGCUGUCAAUCUGGCGGAAGAGAGUCAGCAGGCCUCUGCGUUGGCACACGUGAGGAAACUCCUUUAUUCCUUUUACCCACUGCCUUGCCCUCACCUUCGUAUAUUAGAAAACAGAUAUUAA